GUUAUUCAUAGCAUCCAAAAAAAAAAAAAAAUCGUUUUUAUCAGCCAAAUUUCAUAAAACCUUUAAUCUUCCUUCUUUGCAUUUACUUUUUUUUUCUUUUAAGUUCAUCCCCAAAUUACAGCUUUAGCAAACAUGGUUUCUUCUUCGAAAUCGGAAGAUUUUCAAGAUGGAGUUGAUGGUGAUUCAUUGAGAUCAACAAUGGCUACUGAUCAAAACGUGUUGCAAAAACAUGCUGCGUUCUUCGAUAGGAAUCAUGACGGCCUUGUUUAUCCAUGGGAGACCUUUCAAGGUUUUCGAGCAAUUGGAGCUGGUUAUUUACUGUCAAUGGCGGGUGCUGUCUUCAUCAACCUUUCUCUUAGUGGCACAACUCGACCAGGAAAAUUUCCAUCUCUUCUCUUUCCUAUUGAGGUUAAAAACAUCCAAAUGGGAAAACAUGGGAGUGACUCUGGUGUAUACGACAGUGAAGGAAGGUUCGUACCUUCGAAAUUUGAUGAAAUCUUCAGCAAACACGCACGAACACAUACUAAUGCGUUGACAUCUGAUGAACUAAUGGCGAUGCUCAAAUCUAACAGGGAACCUAAAGAUUACAAAGGCUGGAUUGGAAGCUGGACGGAAUGGAAAGCAUUAUACACACUUUGCAAGGAUGAAAAUGGAUUAUUGAGGAGAGAAACAAUUAAAGCUGUUUAUGAUGGAAGCUUGUUUGAACAUUUGGAGAGGGAAAGAGCAGCAGCUAAAGCGAAAGCGACUGCGUGAUUUACUUGCAGUUUAAUUCCGUUGGUAUAAUUAUUCGUAAAAGUUUGUAUUAAAAAAAAAAUGGAAUUUAAAGUACUAGUAUUUUGGUUUCAAUAUUUUAGGGACUGAAACCUAUGUUGUAAUAGCAAAAUUAUUGAUCAAUUUGCAAUUGCAUUGAUUAAUUUCCAUGUUAUUUGAGAAUUUAUAUGUAAAAUGAAAAAUAAAAAUAGUUUGAAUUAGCGAUAUUUGGAUUCGUAAAGAAA